AUGUCAGUUGCUUUGUUUGAGAUUAGCUUUCUCUCGAACCCAGUAGUUACAUCUACUCUCAAACCGCAAGCAAGAACCUUUCCGGUUCCAGUAAAACCCCAUUUCAUAUCUUGCAGGCACAGCCCAGAUGAAGUCGAUAGUGAUUCAUCAUCAUCAUCAAGAAAAAAUGGAAAUCGUUUAGCGAAGGUGGCUUUAGUUGCGGUGGCAGCUGGGGUGUUGGCACUGGGUUCGGUUGAUCCAGCAGCCGCCGCCAAGAGUGGCGGCAGAGUUGGCGGCCAGGCUUUCCGGUCAUCUGCGCCUCGCUCGUCUGGUCCUAGAAUUAACAAUUCAAGGUAG